AUGCCGUAUUACGCAGUUGUUAACGGUCGCGAAGAAGGGGUUUUCUCUAGUUGGCAAGAAUGUCGACCUCACGUCUAUGGUUAUAGUGGUGCCCACUACCGGAAAUUUGAAAAUCGAUAUGAGGCCGAAGAAUAUUAUCAAAAUGACGGAGAUUAUUUCAUCUAUCCAAUAUACGUUGAUGGUGCUUGUAGACACAAUGGUUCCCCACAUGCUGAAGCUGGAUAUGGGGUUUAUUAUGGAGAUGGUGAUUCAAGAAAUGUCUCAGUACCAUUGGAUGAUGUCGAUCCUGAUGGACUUAUUCCAACUAAUCAAAGAGCAGAAUUAUGGGCAAUGAACCAUGCUUUGAGAAAUAUUUGGAAUGAACUAGAGGAAGAAACUGAAGAUGGUAAAGCUAUUAUUUAUAGUGAUUCGAUAUAUGCUAUCAAAUGUCUUACAGAUUGGCCUCAAAAAUGGACACGAAAUGGAUGGUUAAAUGUUCACGGUCAAACAAUUUCCAAUUAUGAUUUAGUUACCAAAAACUACGAGUUGUAUGAGUGGAUUAAUGAUGAAUAUGAUGAUAGAGGUUGGGGUCAAUUAAACUUGAUUCAUGUUAGAGGACAUUCAGGAAAUGAUGGAAAUGAAGAAGCAGAUAAUUUAGCUAACUUGGCCGCUGAUCGAUAUGGAUAUCAGUCGAGUUCAUCGUCAUAUGGUUCGUACUACUAA